AUGGAGCCUAAUAGUACACCGUUACGGCAAAAGGUGCAGUGGGCACUUUACGAAGAGAAGCAUUUCAAGAGGUUGAUCGAAGAUAUCACGGAUCUCGUCAGCGAUCUCGUGCAAUUGUUCCCCGCAGCAUGCGAAGAACAGCGUAGACUGUGCAGAACAGAAGUGUCGGAGAUCAGCUCCAGAGACUGUCUCCGUGCAUUGAAAGAGAUUGCGGCAUUGCAAGACAAGGAACUCAACCGAGCUGUUAUCGAGACUUUGCAGUCAGAGGCGAGUAACUUCAUGCCAAUGCGAACAUCGGGCCAACACUGA